AUGGAAUUCAACAAACCGGAAAGCUUAAAAUUAUCCGGUAAUAUAGCAGAGAAUUUUUAGCUAUUUAAGGAUGAAGUUACAGUGUUUUUUGAAGCAACAGAGACGAUUCUAAAUUCUCAAACAACACAGGUAGCAAGAUUACUUAACUUAAUCAUCACGGAUGGGCUGAAGUUGUACAGAUCAAUUAAAAGACCUAAAGAUGAAAAAGAAAUAGUUGAGACAAUCUUGAAGCACUUGGAGAAUUAUUGUAUACCUAGGUGCAAUGAGAUAAUGGAACAUUUUAAAUUCUUUACUAGAAAACAAUUGUGUUAUGAGAAAUUUAAUAAAUACUAUGCUGAACUAAGAGUAUUGGUUAAAACAUGUAAUUUUGGAAAAAUUGAAGACAGAUUACUAAGAACACAAAUUGUAUUGGGAAUAGCAAACAAAGUGUUACAAACCAGAAUACUGAGAGAAGAAUUAACAUUGGAUAAAGCAAUUCAAUUGUGUCAAACAGUGGAUCAAGCUGAGGUAAACAGCAAAUUAUUGGAAGAUCAAACUAAAGAACUUGAUGUAAUGGAGCAAUACAAGAAAAGAACAUGGAAUCAAGGAAAUAAGCAGAACCAGGACAGAAGACAAAAUCAAACCCACAAAAACGGGAAGAAUGAUUAA